GUCCGCAGCAGCCAAAAAAAGUUCGCGACAGCUCCCAGGCACAGUCGCAACACCAACAGCCCGCCCCACACCAUGAAGGAGUCCAAGAAAACACAGGUGCCGCUGCCCGGCUCCAAGGCCAAGAGCAAGGCCCGGGAUGCGCCCGCGAAAUAUUCAAAGAGCCAGGAAUUGGUCGGCAGCGAUGACGACUCGUCGGCCGAGAACACACCUCAACCAAAGGCUGCGGCUAAGCCCAAGACAACCAUUGGGAUACACAAGGCGAAUGGAGUUGCCAAGUCUAAGCCCCAGUCAAAUGGAAAGGAAAAGGCGACGUCCAAGUCUACAUCCAAGUCGAAACCGUCCCCCAAAAAGCCUGCGCCCAAGCAGAUUGUCACCCAGGAGCAGGUAGCAGACCUGUCCAGUUCAGAAAUAUCAGAUGACAGUGAUGCGCCCGCACGCGACAUAACGACUAAACUCCCGGGGAACGGGACAGGGAAGGAUGUUGCCAGUGAGAGUGAGAGUAGUGAGAGUGACUCGGAUUCUUCCAGCGACGAGUCGGACGACAACACUACAGCACCUGCACCACAACCAGUGCGACCUUCACAAACACAAUCACAAUCACACGCUGUCGACUUCCGCCCGGCGCAAGCCUUCGUGCCUCCAAAAGGCUUCGUUCCCGUGACUAUAGAUGAGAGGACCAAGUCCAAGGCGACUAGCAUAUUCGACAAUCUGGAGGGGAAACAAAUAUGGCACAUCACUGCGCCGGCGGGUGUCUCGCUGAAGGAUCUCAACGAGCUAGCCAUGGACAAAGCUUUAAAUGGGAAAGCGAUUCACAGCUACAAGGGCACAGAUUACGGCUUCUCGAAAAUCAACGACACGGAGAAUGGCGCGCGGGAAGUUCUGGUGCCCCGACAGAAAGGAUACAAAACGGUCUCUGCGAAGAUAUCGCAAACCCUGCAUCUCCAGCAGGUCGUACGGCUACCCGAACUCAGCUCGAAACAGGCAGACGUAAACACAGGCUCGGAAGCCGCAGCCUCGAUAACACGAUCCACAAUCCGCACACCACGACCACAAGUCAAGGGGCUCAAGAUGCGCUUCCGCCCUACUGGCUUUGGCGGCACAGACGCCGGCACACUUGGCGACUCGGAUAGUGAUGACGAACAACUGCGAGCGCCCGCUGGACUGGGGAUGCCUAAUGGUCUCAACUUGCCUUCACGGAGCGCACCUUCACGGGCGGAGAAGAGGAAGCACGGUGAUGCGCAUGGAGAGGAGGGGAUAGAGUCGGCGUCGAAGAAAGUCAAGAAACAACGGUCGCCGGAGGAGAUAAAGCGGAAGGAGGAGAAGCGUGCGAAGAAAGAGAAGAAGCGUGCGCAGGAGGCAGCAAAGUCGUGAGCGCACGGAUAGCUUGUCAGUUUGGUGGAUAGAGGGGUAUGGCUGCGUCGACAGUGAUGGUAUGGAGCAGCACGCUGCAUGAGGCUGCACGAUUCAUGGGUAGCUCUGGAGAAGAAGGACUGCUGGACAUGUCAUGGGAUGGGAGAUGACGACAUGUGCGGGUAGAUGGCUAUGAUGUAGAUGGCUUGAUGUGGCAGAGUACAGAACUGGACACACUGCAUCGUCCUGAUAGCAAAUGGAAUGUACCUACCAGUCG